UCCCUUAACAUCAACAUCUUCUUCGGACAGAGAAUCAUCAUCUUCGCUCCUCUGAUCCAUUUUUCAUCAUCAUGCGUCUGGCAGUGGCUCUGGUCAUCGCGCCAAUGACUGCACCGAGCCUCCCAACAAGUGUGGUGAAAUGGGCCACUUCAGCAAGGAUUGCGAAAAGCCGGAGACGUGCCUCAACUGUGGUGAAGAGGGCCACAAGUUCUUCGGUUGCCCGAAGCCAAAGGACUAUUCAAUCCCAAGAUUGUCCUGAACCCAAGGCUGAGCGCUCCCGCGAGAUCAUCGCAUGCCCGAACUGCAACGAGGAGGGCCAUCGUCUACUCUAUUGCAAGCAGCCUCGUGUUGACAAGAACGCCUGUCGCAAUUGCGGUCGAAGCGGAUGCCACAAGUUCUUCGGUUGCCCGAAGCCCAAGGACUAUUCCAAAAUCACUUGCUCGGUCUGCAAAGAGAAGGGUCACACAAAGCUCGAUGCCCGCAAGCGGACGGCGAGGCUGGCGGUGGCGCACCUGGCUACGACGACGCUGGUGCUAUGGACGAGGGCAUGGACUAUGCCGGAACAUAAUGACAUUACUAUAUGAAACUAUCUGUACAGCCUACGUCAAUAGCCGAAAAUCCAAGCUCGUCAUCAAACAUGUCCACGCAUCAACAUCUCAACGCAUCAAUAUCCAAAACUAUCAGUGUAUCAUUUCGUCUUCCCGGUCAACGCGUCGUAAGCGGACCCGAGUCCUAGCCCACUGAGCACCUUGUUCAAUCUAUAACACGCCACCUAAUAAA